AUGCCCAGCGCUGGGGAACCAGGUGGAGCGGCGAGCCUGCCCUCCAAUCGUUCCCGCACAAGUCCCAUCCUGCUACCAGAGAGGCCGACCAACAGACAGCAGACCCUGUUUCUAGUCCAGCAGACCAACAAAGGAUGA